GUCCGUACUCUCCCGACUCUCUCUGUAGUUAUUUGAGGGAGGCGCUAGAACCAUAUCUCCACUUUACAAAAAAAGGCAGAAGUAACGGCACUGUCUAGAGAGAACAAAUCAAGCCAAAGCUGUGCAAACAGACUCUUGUCUCUCUCUCUCUCCGUGGCGUCGGAGUGUGUGCGGCCGAUGCGCUGCAGGCUGAAGCGUUCGGAGGCUUGAAUCCAGUUUAAAUCCUGCGCUCACCCUCUGUUGAGUAUAUGUGGAGCUCAAGCGACACUUCUAUGAGAAUCCCCACUGAACGGCGAGACGAAGUUUGGUUGUUUUCCUGAACCGGGGGUGCUGGGGAGAGUCGAGGCGAGAGAGAGAGGGCGAAAGAUGGUUUUGAACAGCCUCCCGUGCGUCCUGGUUUCGCUGUGCUUGGUUUUUUUCUCGUCUUCUCCGUGCAAAGCUCGGAUUUACACCAACCACUGGGCUGUUCGGAUAGCCGGCGGACCUGAGCAAGCAGAGCAUAUCGCCAAUAAAUAUGGGUAUAGAAACCUGGGCCAGAUUGGUGAUCUGAAGGACUACUACCAUUUUUUCCACAGCCGGACGAUAAAAAGGUCGACGCUUUUCAGCAGAGGCUCACACAGCUUCAUCUCCAUGGAGCCAAAGGUGGAAUGGGUGCAACAGCAGGUCGUGAAGAGGAGAAUAAAGCGAGAUUAUAAACCCUCAUAUCCUGGUCCUGUACAAUCCAGUAUGGUCCAGUCCAACUCGAUUUACUUCAAUGAUGCUAAAUGGAGCAGUAUGUGGUACAUACACUGCAAUGAUAACAUCCAUAACUGUCAGUCUGACAUGAAUAUCGUGGGCGCAUGGAAGAGAGGCUACACGGGCAAGGAUGUGGUGGUUACCAUUCUGGAUGAUGGCAUCGAGAGGAACCACCCAGAUCUCAUACAGAACUAUGAUAAUGAGGCCAGUUAUGACGUGAACGGUAAUGACAUGGAUCCCAUGCCCCGAUAUGAUGCCAGUAAUGAGAACAAGCAUGGCACGAGGUGCGCUGGUGAAGUAGCCGCGUCCGCCAACAACUCCCACUGCACGGUGGGCAUUGCUUACAACGCCAAGAUUGGGGGUGUCCGCAUGUUGGACGGAGAUGUGACCGACAUGGUAGAGGCCAAAUCACUGAGUCUACAUCCUCAACACAUAGAUAUUUACAGUGCCAGCUGGGGUCCAGAUGAUGAUGGCAAAACCGUGGAUGGGCCCGCUUCCCUCGCCAGACAGGCCUUUGAAAACGGCAUUAGACUGGGCAGGAAGGGACGGGGCUCGAUCUUUGUUUGGGCAUCAGGAAAUGGUGGUCGGAGUCGAGAUCACUGUUCAUGUGAUGGCUACACCAACAGCAUCUACACGAUAUCCAUCAGCAGCACGGCUGAGAGCGGCCGCAAGCCCUGGUAUCUGGAAGAGUGUUCCUCAACCCUCACCACCACCUACAGUAGUGGAGAGAAUUACGACCGUAAAAUCAUCACGACAGAUCUGAGGCAGCGCUGCACAGACAGUCACACUGGAACAUCAGCAUCAGCUCCGAUGGCAGCAGGGAUCAUUGCUCUUGCUCUGGAAGCAAAUCCUUUUCUUACGUGGCGAGAUGUGCAACACAUUAUAGUGAAGACGUCUCGUGCUGGCCAUCUCAGCGCUCCUGAUUGGAAAACCAAUGCAGCUGGUUAUAAUGUCAGUCACCUUUAUGGCUUUGGGCUAAUGGAUGCGGAGGCCAUGGUGAAAGAGGCAGAACGCUGGAAACCGGUUCCCCCACAGCACAUCUGUGUGGAAAAUGCUGACAAACAAAUCAGAACCAUCCGUCCAGAGCAUGUUGUUCGUUCCGUGUACAAGGCAACAGGCUGCACGGAUAAUGCAAACCAUCAUGUUAUUUAUCUGGAGCAUGUGGUUGUACGUAUAACAAUUACUCAUCCGCGGCGAGGAGACCUGUCAAUCAACCUAACCUCACCAUCAGGGACAAAGUCACAGCUGCUUGCCAACAGACUGUUUGAUCACUCAAUGGAGGGCUUUAAGAACUGGGAAUUCAUGACAACUCACUGCUGGGGCGAGAAAGCUACUGGAGACUGGGUACUAGAGAUCUAUGACUCUCCUUCCCAACUCAGGAGCCAGAAGGCACCAGGCAAGCUGAAAGAGUGGUCUCUGGUACUUUAUGGUACCUCCGUGCAUCCGUACUCAUUCCGCAGUGACAAGCCUCGCUCAGUGGCGGAGACACAGUCUGAUGACGAGUACAGUGAGGAGUAUGUGGGCUCCUGCCACCCUGAGUGUGGGGACAAUGGCUGUGAAGGGCCAGGCCCUCAGCAGUGCAUCACCUGCCUCCACUACUUCCUCAAGUUCAAGAACAACACCAGGACGUGUGUUCCCGAGUGUCCGUCUGGGUUUUUCCGGGACGAUAAGAAGCGCUGUAAGAAGUGCUCUCCGCUGUGCGAGUCUUGUGUCGGCAGUCGCAGCGAUCAGUGUUCCACCUGUCGCCCGGGUCUGUACCUGGUGGAGGGAGCCAACAACUGCAUCAGCUCCUGUCUCGACGGCUUCUACCUGGACCUUGACUCCACCAUGUGCCGGAAAUGCAGCGACAACUGCAAGAAAUGCACCUCGGCGAACAUCUGCACAGAAUGCCAAAUUGGUCUCAGCCUACAGGCGAAUAAGUGCCAACUAAGCUGUGAACCUGGGACCUAUUAUAAUGGGCACCGACGGGCAUGUGAAAAGUGCCACACGACUUGUGCCACCUGUGCAGGAACUGGCAUGGAAGCGUGUAAUGAGUGCGCUCCGGGCUAUUAUUUCGAGGAGUGGCGUUGCGUCUCCAGCUGCAGCGUGGGAUAUUACUUGGCGGAACAAACGACAGACAACGGAGACGUCCAAAAGUCCUGUCAAAAGUGUGAUCCUACAUGCUACGCCUGCGCAGGCCCGGGGGAGAGGAACUGCAGCACCUGCGUCAACGGAUAUAACCUGGAAAAUGGUGUGUGUGUCGUCAGCACCAUCUGCAAAGAUGGGGAAUAUUUAAGCGAACAUAGUAAAUGUAAACUGUGUGACUCAACCUGCUACAAGUGCACUGGACCUGAGAGUGAAGACUGCAUCAGCUGCUUGUCCACUCGGUUGUUUGAUAAUGGGCAGUGUGUGCUCGGCUGUGAUUCUGGGAAGCACGAGAGGGAUGGACAGUGUCAUCUUUGCCACCACACAUGCCUGGAAUGUUCAGACGAGGGGCCUGAUAAAUGUACUCGCUGUGGCAAAGAUAAGUUCGGAGUGGAGCGGUACCUCUUUAAAGAGGAGUGUCGUGAAAGCUGUCCAGGGGGUUAUUUCCAUUCUCCAAAGGGAACUUGUGAUCCCUGCCCUCCAAAUUGCACCGUGUGUACGUCCACAGGCCACUGUCUCCACUGUGCCCCCUCCUACUACCCCAAAGACGGGACGUGUGCCAGACUGCUGUGUGGAUUGGGUGAAGAAGCCGAUCCAGAUCAUGAAGACUGUGUGACCUGUGAAGAGGGCUGUCAGCAUUGCCUCACUGUGGAUCCAGAGCAUUGCAUGUCUUGUUUACCGGACUAUUACCAGUUGAGAUCGAGCUGUCACAAAACCUGCCCCGAGAGGACGUUUGAGAACAAGGAAGGGGAGUCGAGGAAGUGCGCUCGAUGUGAUGAUCACUGUCUGACCUGUGAUGCCUCUGAAUGUUUCCUGUGUGAGGAAGGCUUCUUCCUGUCAGAUGGCACGUGCGUAGAAAGAUGUAAGGAGGGUUUCUAUGGUGACAAGAAACAGGAGUGCGAGCCGUGUCACCACAUGUGUCGGACGUGUGGUGGUCCGGAAUAUGACGACUGUGAUUCCUGUGAAGAUGACAUGUUUCUGGAGAAGGGUCAAUGCAUCAACAAGAGCCAGAUCAAGUGUUCUGACAGAACCUUCCCAAACAGUCAGGGUGACUGUGAGCAAUGUGAUUCCUCCUGUAGGACGUGUUCAGGGCACGACAAAGAGCAAUGUGAUUCCUGUGAGAAAGGCAUGUUUCUUACCAACAGCCAGAUGUGCGUGUCCGUUUGUCCACUUGAGACUCAUGGGAACCAGACGAGUGGGCGCUGUGAAGAUUGUUCAGCAGGCUGUUUGACGUGUCAGGACGCCCAUAAGUGUUUGAAAUGCAAAGAUGGUCCACUCUAUCUGCAGGACGGAAAAUGUGUCCCUGAAUGUAAAAGAGGUUACCCAGAGGCAGAAGUUUGUCACAGCUGUGCUGCGGGAUGUGCUUCAUGUCACGGGGAAGCCAGUUAUUGUCUGAGCUGUGAGGAAGACCACCUGCGUCUCAAACACACCUGUGUGCGUCACUGCCCCUCCAGGCACUUCGUAAAGGAUGGAGUAUGUGAGCUCUGUCUGAACAGUUGUGCCGAGUGUGACCAAACGGGCAAAUGCACUGAGUGUGUACAGUACUACUUCCUACAUGAGGAUCAGUGUAUUGUUGACUGUCCUAAGGGGUACUUUACAGAUGUAGAGCGGAAGCAGUGUAUGUCUUGUCACAGUGAUUGUUCAACAUGUGACGGACCUGAUGAAGAUGACUGCACAUCCUGCAAGGCCGGGUUUGUGACGACUUAUGUACGUUACAACGGAAAGUGCCUGUUCCGCUGCCCAUCAGGAACAUACCUGGAAGGAGCAGAGUGUCGAGAAUGUGACAAGUUCUGCCUGACGUGCUCAGGUCCUCACCCGUCCUCGUGCCUCACCUGCAGAGCGAACAUGAGGAUAGAUGUUAACGGGCACUGUGAGUUCUUCAGCGACUGCUCUCUGAGCACAUUCAUGGGUGAGGACGGGCAGUGCCAGUCGUGCCACAAGAGCUGUCUCCGCUGUUCGGGCGCAAGCAAAGAGCAGUGCCUCAGCUGCAACCCCAAUACCUUCCUGCUCAAUCAAACGUGUGUGUCCUCGUGUCCCGGUGGAUACUAUGCAGAUGAGGACAAGCAAGAGUGCGUUCAGUGCCACGUGAACUGUGCGUCAUGCCGUGGACAUCACAGUAAUGACUGUGUAACCUGUAAACCAGGCCUGCUUCUGCUCGGACACAGCUGCUUCACCUCCUGUCCUCCAAGUUUCUUUGUAAAUGCCACUGGCAGAGCAUGUCAAGCGUGCGACCACACAUGUGAGGAAUGCCUAGGAAGCAGCGGUUUCUGUCUCAGUUGUAGAGAAGGAUACUUUUUGUUGAGAAAGUCCGGACAGUGUCUGCAUACUUGCCCAUCGAAAUAUUUCCUUCACUCUAUGGACAGAGAGUGCAAAAGAUGCCACUCCACCUGUAAAACAUGCAAGGGCUCUGGGGCGAUCUCCUGUACAUCAUGUUAUGACGGUUAUAAAAUGUUUGGAGGAAUCUGCUCGUCUACAUGUCUAACCGGAGACUAUCCCAUUCCUGUGAGUAACACAUGUGGAACAUGUGACCCAUCCUGCACUGAAUGUAAAGGCCCGGGACCCUACAACUGCACCUGGUGCCCUGUUCUUCAGCGCCUCUCGGAGGAUGGGAGGUGUCUUCCCUGCUGUGGAGAGAAAACAUUCAUGGAUUCCUCAAGAAUCCACUCGGAAUGCUGCCAGUGCCAUGAACUGAAUGAUGAAUGCAUUGUCGCGCUGAACUACAACCUUUUCACCAACGAUCCAGAGACUUUGGGUCAUCCUGGCCUUGUUGUUUUCACUUUCAUAUUUGUGUUGGUAAGCUUGUGGCUUGUCAUUUUUCUCUUCCUGCAUUUUCGGCCGAGGUUCACCAUGAAGCCCAUCGUCAAAUCAAAUGGCUAUGCCAAAAUCUCAGACGGCCCGUUCACCUCUGCAACCCUCAAAGACAGCAUAAAGGCGGAGUACUGCGAUAAAAACGAAGGCCAGGAGGAUGAAGAGGAGGUGGACGAGGAUAUUGUUUACAUGGGGAGGGACGGGAUAGUGUAUCGGAAGUUUAAAUACAGCAUGUUGGAGGGGGAAGAGGAAGAGGAGGAGGAGGUGGAGCUGGAAUAUGAUGAUGAGAUGUAUAUUAUCACAUAAAACAUAAAUAGUGUGCUUACUUUCUUUGAAAUGUGCAUAACAAUACUUUAUUUAUUAAUAUUUUGACAUGCAGAAACCCACUAAAUUUCAUCAAUCAACCAUUUAAGAAAUUGUUUACCCAAAUAUCACAAUUUUGUCAUCAUUUAUUCACCAUGAUGUUGUUCUAAAAACACUUGUGACCAUUUCUUCUGUUCUGUGAAACACAAAAGAAGAAAUUUGGUAGACUGUACAAGCUCUUCCUAGCUAACAGGGAACGUUCUCAGAACUUUGGCAAGGUUCUCUCAAAGUUCAGAACAAAUGUUCUUCUAAUGAUGUUAAUAAAACGUUCGGUCAGAGUUAUCUGGUCUUUUUCAAUGGUGACUUUCAUGAAUUUUCAGUAUAUUUCGACUUGGAUUAAUGGA